GCGUGCGCGGCCGGGAAGGGGCCGCUCUCGGCGGGAGCCUCCGUGGUCCGGGGCGGCCCGCCGGGCAGGAUGCGGCCAUGCUCCCCGACAGCCUCCUGGUCGAGAUCUUCCGGCACUUGCCGCCCGCGGGCGUCCUGGCGGCGGGCCGGGUGUGCCGGCAGUGGCGGCGGGUGGCCCGGGACGAGGUCCUGUGGAAGGGGCUCUUCUACCGGCACUACGGCGUCGCCCGCCACGUCCCGCGGCACCCAGCUGCCGCCUCCUGGUACGGCGAGUUCCAGCGCCUGGGCGAGGCCGUCCCGCGCGUGGAGGUGCAGAGCCUGCGGGAACACGGGGAGCCGGUCCUCCACCUUAGCUUCGCCCACAGCGGCCUCCUCUUCGCUUCCUGCUCCAAGGACUGCACCGUCAAGAUCUGGGACAACGACCUCCCGGUCUCCCUGCUGCACAGCACCAGCAUGAAGAAGUACAACUGGAGCUACACGCAGUUCUCCCAGUUCAACGCGGACGAUUCUCUCCUCUUGGUCUCCGGGGUCUUCAUGGGGCCCCGAAGCUCCUCCUCGGGGGAGAUUGCCGUCAUCGGCCUGGAGAACUUCGAACUCCUGUCCCGAGUCCGCAACAAGCCCUGCGAUGCGUUUGGCUGCUGGCUGAACGAGACCAACUUGAUUUCCAGCAACCUGCACCGUAUCGGGUAUCUCACCUCCUGCUCCGUGUUAUGGCUGAACAACGCCUUCCAGGGCGUCGAGUCCGAGAACGUUAACGUGGUGAAACGGCUCUUCAAAAUCCAGAACCUGAAUGCCAGCACCAUCCGGACCAUCAUGGUGGUGGAUUGCAGCCGCUACAGCUCCGCUGGUGAGCUGGCCAGCCCCGGAGAGGAGGUGGGGGAGAGCCCUGCUCCUCCCCACAAGGAGACCCACAGCCAGGCGGAGGAGAGGAGGGGUUUUCCGGUGGCCGAAGGAGAGGCGGGGACCGAAGAUGGGCUGGACCGCUUCCUGAGUGACAUCAUGGAGGGACGGGUCCGGCCAACGCUGACGGAGAUGGAGAUGGAGACGAAAGUAGCCCGGCUCCUGGCCAAGAACCGAACGAAGCCUCCGGAGCCUAACCUGCUCUCCCUGCAGGGCGGAAACAAGAAAUACCUGGUCUUCACCACCGGCUGCCUCACCUACUCACCGCACCAGAUUGGAAUUAAGCAGAUCCUGCCCCACCAAAUGACCACCGUGGGCCCCGUUCUGGGGGAAGAGAGGAAUUCGGAGAGGUUUUUCGAUUCGCUGGAUCAUGUCAUUGACAUUCACGGGCAUAUCGUUGGCAUGGGCCUCUCCCCAGACCACAGGUACUUGUACGUCAACAGCCGUGCUUGGCCCGAGGGCUGCGUCGUUUCCGACCCUUUGCAGCCCCCGCCCAUCGCAGAGGAGAUUGAGUUGCGUGUGCUGGACCUCAAGACCAUGAAGGAGGCCAAGCGAGCCCUGCGGGCACACCGGGCCUACACCCCCAGCGAAGAGUUCAACUUCAUUUUCCUGGAUGUCAGCAGGGACUUUGUGGCCAGUGGGGCCGAGGAUCGCCACGGAUACAUCUGGGACCGCCACUACGACAUCUGCUUGGCCAAACUGCAGCAUGACGACGUGGUCAACUCGGUGGCUUUCAGCCCCGCGGAACAGGAGCUCCUCCUGACAGCCUGCGGGGACAGCACCAUCAAAGUCUGGCGCUCCCCCCGCACCGCACGGCUCCUUCACGGCGAGAAGCCCUGGCUUCGUAGGCACCUCUUCUCCUGCGACACGGAGCAGGGGACGUGAUCCGGGGCAGGGCUGGCUUCCUUGGGCCAGGGAGGGUCCAUUCCCCUGCAAGCGACCCUGGCCCAGUCCGCUCACCUUCACGGAUGCCCUGCUUGGGGGGGAGGCCCGGAUGAAUCGCCCUUCGAGGAACGGAGGCGCAGGUGCAGCGGCUCAAUGGCCUUUUGGAGGAGGCUUGCGGGCUGGCAUGGUGUUCUGUAGGGUGCCGCCACCCUCCGACGUGGCUCCCUGGGCUUUGAAGAGCCACGGAUGGAGUCAGGAAACCUGCGCUGGCCCUGGUGAAUUUCUGCUCGGCGGGGAGGUAAGAGGAACGGAGCUGGGCACUGCGCUGGAUUCCCUUUCAGUGCCUCUGCUCUCGUUGACCCCAGGUGGCAAAGACCCUCCCUCAGAGGUUUUGGAGCUGCAGCCCGCCAGCUCCUGGGAAGGAGCACGGAUCCCUCCCUGGCUUGGUGGGGAGUCGCCCCUUGCAAAACAUUUGCUUUGGAGGGGGGGGGGGGGAAAGGGAAGGUGUGGCGUUACUCCUUUUGCAAAGCUUGUUUGUGUGUGCACUUUUGAGGAGGGGUGGGGCUGCUUCCGCGCCCUACCCAGGGGCUCCAGUUGGCUACCCAGCGCAGCACGGCUUGUUGGUCUUAAUAAACUUGGCUUGAGUUGUU